UUAAAAUAUGUUCAAUUGAUCAACAGUAUGUAUGUAUGUAUAAGAUUCGUAAAAUCCUUUGUUUAAAUUGUUUCAGAAUGAAAGAAUUCCAGAAUGUCUGAACACGGGGAUGAGAUGAAGAACGACGAGAUGAACCUGGUGGCUGAGGCGGAGAAGUGGUCGGAAAAUCAGAUACAGGGACGAGUCCAGGAGUUGCUCCAGUUUAUUCAUCCUGUUCUCCUGGAUGAGAACAGUGAGCAUGGUCUUCGUCUUGAUUGUGUUCGGUUCACGGUGGAGAAACUAGCAAGACAUGUCCCUGUAUUCGAGGCUGAGGAUGAUAUCUUCUAUCCUCUGCUCAAGGGAAUCCUGGAGUUUCUUAAACAAGUCUAUGAACGUAUUUCCAGGACUGAUGAUACUGAUCGUGUUAUCACGACUGCGAUUGCAACUGCUCUCGUUGAUCAUGCUGACGUUCUUCUCACUCACGGAGCAAGUUACGAUGGUUUGGGACCUGGUGAAAUCCCAAGUAUUCCAAGGAUAAUUCCCAAGAUACUUCUGAUAACAUUUCAGUACUGUAGACAGGAGCAAACAACAACAGGUUCAGGUGAGGUGAAAGACUCGAUAACCCGGUUAUUUUGUCAAGGACGUAAGUUACUUGAAAACUUUUCAUCUCUGAUCGGAAAGAUGAAGAUAAGAACUGUGCUCGAGGAUGAACUUGAAAUAAUUCUGGAGCUGUGCUCCGACCUUCUUACCUUCCAUGAGAUCCUCUUCUCUAUUGAUCUCAAGUCCUGUCUGUUUGUGUGGAAACUCUACGGAAAGCUAGUCAAGGAACAUUGUGAUAGGUUAAGGCUAAAACUGGAUAUUGAGUCUGCUCUAGAUACAUUGAUUUCGGAGUCGGUGGAAGCUUUCCGUAAACUUGAAUCCGUCCUGCAGGAGGAGACAGAGAACCUGAAUAAGAAGGUGAACAGGCUGAUAAUUGCACUCGCCUUCUUCGUGAAGAUGAUCGUAAACCUGUCAGAGGAAUAUUCCAACCUCGUGAAAACUAACCUGGAUACUUUCUCAGAGUUCCUUGGAAUCAUGUUUCUAAAGGGAGUGACUUUGUUUCCAUUCAUGGAUCAACUCAUGAUAGACAAGAUGCAGCGAGAUAUUUUCCUCUUGAAUCCCGAGAAGACAUUUAUUCUCCGUGUGCCCGACAUGAGCCAGUUCGCGGAGUUUCUGCUCACUGUAGAAACUAAUCCUUGCUCGGCAUUCACAAGAGUUCAGAUUAUCUUGUCCGUCCUUGACCUGGACGUUGUUCCUGAUCCAAUGAAACUCCGUCUUUUUGAUGUUCUCCUGGAAACCUUUGGAUACUGUGAAUCUGAGAAUCAGAAACCUGGUUGGUUAGAAUCCCCCGAGGUUCCUGGGAUCCAGGUUAAACUCUUUUCCGCUUACGAAUUCGUCUUGACCCGAGUUUGCGGGUUUAUUUCAAGUAUCGGACCAGAUGAGUUCCCUGCCCUGGAGCUGGCAUUGUUUAGAAACUUGUUGGGAGACUUAAACCUUAGCUGUCAGCUUGCCUGUGAUAUUCUCUGUUAUGUUGGAAGAUACGGAUCUGCAGAGCUGUGUUACUCUCACCUGGAACUAAUCUCGGAUUGGUAUAUUAAACUAGAUCAAGGAUACUUCUCAUCACAACAUGUCUGGCUGGGGAGCUUAGUUGGUCGUUUAUUUAACUUCCUGGGACUCCAAGAGCAGAAUAAAUGGAUAGAAAGGUUUAGUCCAGUUGAACCAAGAAACUUAUAUCUCUGGAGUCAAGUUGAUUUUCAAGCUAUCAAUCAGAAAGAAAGUUUGACACUUAUCCAAGACAUUACCUUUUAUAGAUACAAUCUUAUGCUGGAUGAAUCGUCUGCUGAACAAAGUUUGACAGUUCUUCCUGAUAUCUUGAGAAUAUUUUCUGGACUCGCCCCCAUUAAUCUCGACCAGAACUAUGGGUCUUUUAUGCUUACUUUAUGGCAGAAACUGGCUGAGAGUGGGUUUGUUCCAUACCCCAAAUACUGGUUGUCAGAAUUCUUUAAAGCCCUGACGGAGUUUACAGUCUCAGUUCUACCCAAUCUAACCUUCUCCGAGCUUAAGAUCUUGAUCUCAACCCUGCGUGUACUGUCAGGAUCUGCCCGGAGUCGGGGGCAGCCUUUGUUCUUUGUCGGGAACCUGCUCUCCAUCCUUCUCGAGGAAUCUGAACUAGACUGGAUUGAGAAUACAGAGAACAUGGAUCCUAGUCUUAUCUUGGAGACAGGGAAUCUAUCCUCGUCCUGCCUGAGAUCUAGUGUCAGGAACCCUAUACUCAAGAUACCCGGCCUAACCUUUCUCAGGAAUAUUGCUGAAAGAUCAAAGAAUUCAGGAUUUAUCAGGCUUUGCUCAGAUGAGAACGAUGUUAUGCCACAUUUUAAACUCUUCCUUAACGAUGAUCAUUUCUCAAGUGUGAACGAGAAUAUGAAGUUCAACUACUCUGCUCCUAAGCUUGAAUACUUUGUGAACCCUGAAGAUGAGUCAGGUCUCGAGGUCAAGAGAAAGGUGUCCUCUGCAAGUAUAUCACCAAGAAAGAAAAGAUUAAGAGCUGAAGUUGAAGAUAAGGACGGAGAUGUUAGUUUGAUCCUAUCCAGUAUAGAAAGUAAACUAGAAAGUUUAACCAUACUUCUUCGUCAACCCGGAGACAGAACCUUGAGCAAGGAUGAGAAAACAAGACUGAGUGAGCUAAGCAGAAAAGCUUUAGAACUUGUGUCUUAAGCCAAAUAUAGUUUAACUUCUGAAAUCAAUUAACAAGUAUUACCAAACCAUGCUCAAUCAAUCUCAUAAGUCAUUAUUGAUUUUAAAUUAUGAAAUUAUGAAUGAACCUAAAGUUCAAAUCUUAGUAAACAUUAAACUCGUGUAAGCUCCGAAGAGUGACAAUGUAAUAUUAUCAACGGCUGAGAUGUAUAAAGUAUUUAUAUAUAUUAUACAUAAACAACAAAACCUUGUAGAAA